ACAGACUCGGGAGAAACUCCAGAGCCUCUUCCAAGAUGCUGGUGGUCCUGUUUACAGUGGCCCUGCUGGCCCUGAGCUCUGCUCAGGAACCCCGUGAAGAACUUCAGAAUCAAAUCCAGAUCCCGAAUCAAAGGCCACCUCCUUCAGGGUCCCAACCAAGACCGCCUGUUAAUGGGAGCCAGCAAGGCCCACCACCACCAGGAGGCCCACAGCCGAGACCCCCUCAAGGCCCACCACCACCAGGAGGCCCACAGCCGAGACCCCCUCAAGGCCCACCACCACCAGGAGGCCCACAGCCGAGACCCCCUCAAGGCCCACCACCACCAGGAGGCCCACAGCCGAGACCCCCUCAAGGCCCACCACCACCAGGAGGCCCACAGCCGAGACCCCCUCAAGGCCCACCACCACCAGGAGGCCCACAGCAGAGACCCCCUCAAGGCCCACCACCACCAGGAGGCCCACAGCAGAGACCCCCUCAAGGCCCACCACCACCAGGAGGCCCACAGCCGAGACCCCCUCAAGGCCCACCACCACCAGCAGGUCCACAGCCGAGACCCCCUCAAGGCCCACCACCACCCGGCCCACACCUGAGACCCACUCAAGGCCCACCCCCAACAGGAGGCCCACAGCAGCGAUACCCUCAAAGCCCACCACCACCAGGAGGCCCACAGCCGAGACCCCCUCAAGGCCCACCACCACCAGGAGGCCCACACCCGAGACCCACUCAAGGCCCACCCCCAACAGGCCCACAGCCGAGACCCACUCAAGGCCCACCCCCAACAGGAGGCCCACAGCAGCGACCCCCUCAAGGCCCACCACCACCAGGUGGCCCACAGCCGAGACCCCCUCAAGGCCCACCACCCCCAACAGGCCCACAGCCGAGACCCACUCAAGGCCCACACCCAACAGGAGGCCCACAGCAAACACCUCCUCUGGCUGGAAACCCACAAGGCCCACCACAAGGCAGACCCCAGGGACCUCAGUAA